AUGGCGAAAGCCACCGAGGCCAAACUCUCUCCGAAUUUACCGGACGUGUUCCUGAGUAACAGAAUGAUCCAAAUGUAUUCCAAGUUUCCUGGAGGCCUCGAGCACGCCAAAGCUGUGUUUGAUUCCACCUCCUCCAAAAACAUCUUCUCGUACGUUCUCCUCCUCUCGGCCCACACAAAAGAACCCGACGGCCUCGAUAGCGCCACGUGGUUGUUCGACAGUAUGCCAUGUCACAACCUUGUCGCCUGGACCGUGAUGCUUGCAGCAUAUACCGCAGCUGGGCAUCUUGAUUUGUCAAUGCGAAUAUUUCACUCAAUGCCCGCAUGGGAUCUUGUAGUGUUAAAUGCGAUGCUAGCGAUAAUAAACGAGCACGGGAAUAUACCACGCGUUGAAUCAUUUUUCGGGUCUAUGGAGGCAAGGGAUAUUAUUUCCUGGAAUAGCAUCUUAGAUGCAUAUGCCAAAGCCGGGCAUAUGGGAUCUGCAAAGAGCGUGUUUGAUACCAUACCACAGAGAGACAUGGUGACGUGGACGACCAUGCUGAAUGUGUAUGCCAAAGGAGGCUAUGUUGCAGAGGCUGCAAGUGUCUACGAGAGCAUGCCUGAAAGCGAUCUAGUUUCGUCAACCAUUAUUAUUACAGGAUAUACCCAAUUUGGGUAUUUUGAAAAAGCGAAAGAGGUCUUUUACUCGCUUCCAUUAUGGAAUCUUGUGCUUUACAACUCCAUGAUCACUGCGUUUUCUCAAGCUGGCGAAUUGGAUCAAGCACGACGUUUGUUUGAUUUGGCAGUGGAGAGAGACGUGAUCACUUGGAACGCCAUAGAAUCGGCAUAUGCUCAUCACAAUUGCCUCCAACAAUCUCUUGAAAUCUUUCGUAGAAUGCCACAGCACGACGUGUUCUCUUGGAAUAUCCUCAUUGGAGCGUAUUCCCAGCAUGGCAAAGUAGCCGAAGCCGUCAAAAGUUUCAGUGGCAUGCCCGAAAGGAAUCUCACAACGUGGAACGCCAUGCUAUCAGCAUAUACUCAAAACGGGCAUCUUGAGCAGGCAAAGUGUAUGUUUGACUCUAUGCCUGAACAUAGCUGCAUAGCGGCAACAGCGCUGAUUUCCACAUACUCUCAUUUCGGGUAUAUUCUUGAGGCAGAAACAUUGUUUUGUGAGCUGGUUGACAAGGACUUAGGAUGCUGGAAUGCUCUUCUUUCCACAUAUGCCUCAAACGGGCAUAUGGGAAAUGCGAGUAGAGUGUUUCACAGCAUGCCUCUAAGAAACGUUGUUUCGUGGACGACGAUGCUGGCUGGACACACACAGUACUCUCGCAUCACAACCGCAAAGAAGUUCUUUAAUUCGAUGCCUGACAAGAACUUGGUGUCAUGGAGUGUGAUGCUUGCAGCAUAUGCCACAAACAAGCUUCUCACGGCGGAAGCGCUGGAGCUUUUUGACAAGAUGAAAUCCUUGGAGCUUCCAGACGAGACUUGUUUUGUGCUUGCUCUUCUAGCUUGCAGCCAUAUUGGCAAAGCUGAGCUUGGCAAGUGUCUUUUGCUGUCCUUGGAAAUGGAUUUUGGCCUGAAUGUGACAAGACAACACUACUGCUGCUUGAUUGAUCUGCUUGCUCGUAUGGGGCAUACAAACGAUGCAAAGGAGCUGAUCCAAAGUAGUCCAUUUGUGCCCGAAGCUCUCGAAUGGAGAAGCUUGCUUCGAAACAGUACUGCUGUUGCUGGAAACACCAUCAAAAUUGACUCUAGAGAUGGAUCGCAAUACAUCCUCCUUGCAAAUAUGUAUACACAAACGGGGUUCCAUUAA